AUGGUCAACAUUGAGCAUCCAGCACGUCUUGAGGGAAAAUUUGCUGCAAUAGUUGUCUGCUGGCUUCUAGGCAAUGGAUGUCUUUUCUCCUGGAACAGUAUGCUGACUAUAGAAGAUUACUAUGUCUACUUGUUUCCGAAAUACCACCCGUCUAGGGUGCUGACUCUUGUAUAUCAGCCAUUUGCUGUUGGAACACUUGCAAUACUGUCUUACAAAGAGGAUAAAAUAAACACAAGGAUAAGAAACCUAUUUGGAUAUUCUCUUUUCUUCAUAAGCACUUUGUUGGUGUUAGUUUUGGAUUUGGCAACAUCUGGUAAAGGAGGACUUGGAACUUUUAUUGGUAUAUGUGCAAUUAGUGGUGCAUUUGGAAUAGCAGAUGCUCAUACACAGGGUGGAAUGGUAGGAGACCUGUCCUACAUGCUUCCAGAAUUCAUUCAGUCUUUCCUUGCUGGUGCAGCAGCAUCAGGUGCACUAACAUCUGCUGUGAGGUUAAUUACAAAAGCAGCAUUUGAGAAUUCUAAGGAUGGUCUUCGCAAAGGAGCCAUUCUGUUCUUUGCCAUAUCGACGUUCUUUGAGCUUAUUUGUGUUCUUCUCUAUGCGUUUGUCUUUCCUAAAUUACCAAUUGUGAAGUACUACCGUUCCAAAGCAGCAUCUGAAGGAUCCAAAACCGUUUCAGCCGACCUCGCCGCGGCGGGUAUCCAGAAACCAUCUGGAGGAGCCAUGGAAGAUGAACAACAACAAGAGCGCAAAGGAAAUAUGCAAUUGUUAUUGGAAAACAUUGAUUAUGCACUUGAUUUGUUCCUAAUAUAUUCGCUAACACUGUCAAUUUUCCCUGGAUUCUUAUCAGAAGAUACAGGAUCACACAGUUUGGGCGCUUGGUAUGCUCUUGUUUUAAUUGCUAUGUAUAAUGUGUGUGAUCUGAUCGGAAGAUACAUUCCACUUUGGAAAACCCUGAAGUUGGAGUCCCGAAAGUUGAUCACAACAGCAACUAUUUGUCGCUUUUUAUUUGUGCCAGCAUUUUAUUUCACAGCAAAAUAUGGUACACAGGGUUGGAUGAUAAUGUUGACAUCUUUUUUGGGGUUAUCCAAUGGUUACCUUACUGUUUGUGUUCUCACUUCUGCACCCAAAGGUUAUAAGGGACCAGAACAAAAUGCCUUAGGAAACAUAUUAGUGUUGUUUCUUCUUGGAGGUAUUUUUGCAGGAGUAACACUUGACUGGUUGUGGUUAAUAGGUAAAGGGUGGUGA